CUCACGACCCUCAAAAAAGGUCGCUACCCAUAGUUUAAGGAAAAAAAUGAAAGCCUAAUGUGUAGGAUAAUUGACUGUUUUCAAAUUUGUAUUUCUAUAUUUUAAUGCGUUUUCGAGAACUCCUCGACAACCGAUCUAAUAUCCUUACAUCACCGGUGAGUCUUUUUCAUUUACGUAAUUUUUUAUAGCAGAUUAAAAUAGAACGAACAGUGGACAGGUAGUUGAAAUAGAGCAGCCUAACAUUGUAGGCCUAUACCCUAGACAUCUCUUCUCUCUUCAAGAUAAAACAAAGACAGUGAAUACGAAGGAGAAUUAAAGCAUGAAUAGUAACCAUCCAAUAUGCCUUAAGAGAAAGGAAUAUUACCAGUGCCAAACCAUUUCAUAUACUUUGCAGAAUAAUGAACAUUAAUUUCUUUUAGGACUCCCGUCCUAUAUUCAAGUGGUUAAAAAAGCAAGAUUAGAUUACUGGUUGAGAAAAGCACCAAUAUCAUCAUACGUCUCAACAUAAGGCCAAAAAAAUAUAAAUUGUUUGUUUGCUCUUCUUUUUAAAAAAAUGAUAAAUAGAGAGGUUUUAUUAAUUUUUUUAACACUCAUCAGAUAGAAUAAAAAAGACCUAGAAUGGCAAUAUAUCUUACAUCAGACAACAACUUUAGACUAAUUUGUAGGGCAUCUGGCAAAAAAUAAAGACAAAUUCACUCACAUUGUUUUAAAUUUGAAAAGAAAAAAGCUAAAAAGAAAACUUUUUUAAAGUUUUUUUUUUAAAUUUUCCGCCACUUUUUUUCAGUGAUUUAGAGGCGGGUGGAGGAGGGCAAACAAACAAUUUUGUUUUUGGUCUAAUGAACAGAUAUCGCAGAAAUCAUGUCUAGUAAACAUAACGUAUAAUAUGUUAAUAAUAUUUAACAAGGAAUUAAUUAGAGAAAACUAUUUGAUUUAUCUAUAUAUUUAAUUCUUAUCUUUAAAGACAAAUUGACAACGGUAUUAUUAGAAAAUAUUGCAAAAUUUAUUAGAUUUGCUUAUUUGAAAAGAAGUUUUACGUUAACUGAUUAGCGCACUUUUUAAAUGUUGAUUUGUCUACACGUCGGGCCAUGGGCCCAUAUAUAUUGAUAAAUGCCUUUGAUAUCUAAUCUAGGGGAAGAAAGAAAGUCUAUGUGGGCCCAUAUAAAUAAGCACAGACAAUGAGAAGCCAUUUAUUAUGAAUUAUGACAAACUAACCCCAUAGGAAAAGCACGCUUUUGAAAUCCAAAGUUAAGAAACUUAAAAGAAAAAUAUGGAAAGGGCUUUGGUCAACAUAGGGUUAUUAAAUACACCAAGUGGUUGCUCUUUACAGUACUGCAAUUACCAUAUUAUAUCAAGAGUGCCAAAUGUCACUACUCCACCUUUAGGGUUAAAGAACCCCAUAUUGACUGAUAACGAAGUAAUUGUUUUCACAUAUUGGUCGAAAUGGCAGAGUACAGGAAAGUUAGCACAAUUAGUUAUCAAAAUACAAAUAGGAUUUGUCAACAGUUCAGAUAAUUUCAAUGGGUGUGUGCUCUCACUAAUAUUACUUAAUGCGUUAGUGUUUAACAAACUUGAUAAAGCUGGGCGUUUUGGACUUUGCUGAGCCAUAGACAUAUGUAAUGAAACACAUCAAGCAGCAAACGUCAGGAUUUUUUCAAUAUGGACACACCACGGAAACAGAGCAUCGAAUCUAAGACGUCGAUUUCAAAAAGCACAGGAGACGAUGAGGGAGUUGGUCUUGUCCGUCAACUUGGAAUAUUUUCUUUCUCUUCUUUAAUUAUUGGCACGGUCAUCGGUUCUGGUAUUUUCAUUUCUCCAAAAGGAAUAUUAGAAUAUACACAUACCGUUGGGUUGUCGAUGGUGAUAUGGAUACUCUGUGGUGUUCUUUCAACAUUAGGGGCGCUCAGUUACGGGGAGCUAGGCACAACAUUUUCUAAAUCCGGAGGAGAUUUUAUAUAUCUUUUAGAAUCGUUUGGACCUAUGACAGCAUUUCUUAGGGUAUGGACAUGCCUUGCAGCCGUCAGAACAGGAACGUGGGCUGUACUUGCUAUAACAUCUGCUACGUAUAUACUAACUCCGUUUUAUCCCGGCUGCCCUGUUCCAGGAUUGGCCGUACGUUUACUUGCUGCGACUAUAAUAUGUGUGGUUUUCCUCGUGAAUUGCGUCAGCGUUCCAAUAACAUCUCGUCUAAAUGUAUUUUUCACCAUUGUCAAGGUAUCUGGCUUGAUUUUGAUUGUCAUUGCUGGCAUAGUGUUAUUAAUUCAAGGAAAUACGGAAAAUUUUGAAGAUGCAUUCCAAGGCGAAGGAAAAUUCAAAUGGAUAGAGCUACCACUGGCCUUUUACUCCGGUCUGUUUGCAUUUUCCGGAUGGCAAAUUACAGCCUCUAUGACUGAAGAAGUGAUUAAUCCAUCAAGGACUCUUCCCGCUUCAACAGUCAUUGCCAUGACGGUAAUCACAAGUGUGUACAUAAUGGCGAAUAUUGCAUAUUUUACAGUCCUCACACCCGCCGAGAUUCUAGCAUCUGAUGCAGUUGCAUUGAGUUUUGGUCAGAAGGUAUUCGGCGACUGGGCCUGGAUCCUAUCCCUUGUAGUAGCUUUUUCAUGUAUAGGUGCAAUUAAUGGCGGAGUUUUAUCAACGUCAAGAAUGAACUUCGCCGCGUCACGUGAGGGUCAACUACCUAAGCUCCUUUCGAUGAUACACAUUCAUUAUAAAACACCAAUGCCGUCUGCAGUAAUUAUGAUUCCAAUCGCUCUAAUUUUACUUGUUGGUGAUAGUGUGUACAGUCUUAUCAAUUACCUUAGUUUCACACGAUGGUUGUUUAUCGCCCUCACCGUGGGCACAGUACCGUAUUACAGAUGGAAGUAUCCAGAUUGGGAACGCCCAUUCAAGGUUAAUUUGGCGGUACCAAUCAUUUUUACCUGUUUCGCUUUGUUGGUGGUCGUUGUCUCUCUUGUAUCAGCACCAAAGGAUUGUGGGAUUGGACUGGCCAUUAUGCUUGCUGGUAUUCCUUUAUACCUGGUAGGUGUGCGAUGGACAAACAAGCCGUCGUGGUUCGAUGAAGGAAUGGAUAAUUUCAAUUUAUUCUGUCAAAAAUUCAUGUUGGUCGUUGAAGGUGAUAAGAAAGAUGACUGAAUGAGAAAAAAGAUGACUGAUAAACAAUGCAACUUGUAAUUACUGUAUAAACCAAAAUACUGGCCACUCUACUGUUUAUUUCUAUAUUAUCAUAAACCAUAAGGAGGAAGAAAAUAAAGUAAAUAAUAAAGUGAGUCAGUUUAAGUGUAUGGAAAAGGCGGAGUACAAUAAAUUGGAAUAUUCAUCUGAUUUAUCAAUAGAACAGUUGUAAUAUCUUCAUUAAACUUUUAUUUAUGAACAGUGCAAUUAUUUGUCAUAUUGAAAGAAUAAGAACAGAAAUGACAUUACGCCUGCUUGAUGAUUGUCGUCUUUUUCACUCUGUAUCAAAACUAAUACAGUUACCUACCCCGAUAACUGCAAGAGGACCCUGUUUAAAGUCGGGACUGUAUUAUAUUUUAUUACUAAUAAACAUGCUGAUCUCUUCAAAGAAUAAACUAAGAGGUGUUGCAUACGCAUUGGUUAAGUGACUCACUUGUCUUUUACUAUAAAAUAUAAUGUAUUACGUGAGCAGCACAAACACCUAAUUAUACCAUUAAAUAUGAAGUACAGUAUAAAAGUUCGAUGUUGGUGCAUAUCUUGAAAUAUUUAAUGUUUUAAUGUUCACUGAAUAAAUAAAUAAAUAAAUAAGCUCUUUGGUGGAUAUUGUGUAUUUUAUAUAGUAUUUAUAAUCUAGUUGCUAGAUAUAAAACACUCUCUCUUGCAUGAAUGUUAUCAUAAGUGAAUAAAGAAUAUAUCCAACAUUGCUAUGGAA